AUAUAUAUAUAUAUAUAUAUAUGCCCCAUCACUCUUCAGAUCAUCAUCUCUUCCUUGCUUCUUCUUCUUCUUCUUCUUCCCUUGCUUAUGUACGUAGCGUAGGCUACUUCAUCGGUCCUCAGAUCGGAAAAUGUCGACCCAAAUCGCACCUGAGCAUGUUUGCUAUGUUCACUGCAACUUCUGCAGCACCAUCCUCGCGGUCAGUGUUCCAUGCAACAGUUUGUUCAACAUUGUAACAGUUCGAUGCGGACAUUGUGGAGUUCUGCUGUCGGUGAAUAUGGGAAAUUUGCUUCAAACGCUCGCUCGUCAAGAUUACCAGAUUCACAACAAAGUACUUCGUGAGAACUGUGGGGAGUACGAGUCAUCUUCCAAAUGCAACAAAACGCCGAUGGCGUACUCCAUGCCAAACAAUCAGCAACAAGUGCAACCAAUGCGCCCUCCGGAGAAAAGACAACGUGUUCCCUCAGCAUAUAACAGGUUUAUCAAGGAGGAAAUCCAAAGGAUAAAGGCUAACAAUCCAGAAAUUAGCCACAGGGAAGCAUUCAGUGCUGCGGCGAAGAAUUGGGCGCAUUUUCCUCGCAUACAUUUCGGGCUGACCCUUGAUGGAGCUAACCCAGAGAAGAGGGACGAAGAGAUCACUAUGCCAGGGCCACAAAAAGCUCAAGGUUUCUAUUAAGUAGAGUUUCAUUGCGAGUAUUUAGAUGCUAUAUAUAUGUUAAUUCUCUAUUGAACUUGUGAUCUACAAGUCAAGGUAUAAACUACUAUGUGCUAAGAAGAUCUUGCGGACCUUCUCUAGAUUCGUAAUCGUCUGUGUAAUGAGAAAAUGACUAUUCGCGCUUGUGAUUUGAUGUCAUAUAAUUAAUUAAUUAAUAUUCGAUCACCGAGUUAGGUGAUGUAUUAA